GAGUUCGCGCCGUCGAAAAAAACGCUCGAGUUCUGUUCUAACCUGCUCUGACUCCGGGGAGCAGGGCAACGCAGAGCAGUCAAAACAAAUGGCGGCACCGAUUGAUCAAUUACGUGGAUUACGUGUAAUCGAAAUUAUGCAGGAUUUGUUGUCAUCAGACAGUUCUGAUGAUGACGAUGAUAUUAUUGAUGUACAAUUAUUGAGGAAUAAUGCCAGAAGACGCCGAUGGGGUGAAGUUCCCAAAGUUGAAAAUUUUAUUCGCGAUGUAGUUGACAAGUAUUCAGAGCCAGAAUUUAAAAGUGAUUUCCGAGUAUUUCGUGAAACAUGUAAUUAUUUAAUUGAAUUGUUCGAACAAAGUGUAUAUUGCCCCCGAGGAGCACCUUUUGGCGGUGUUGAAGCGAAAAGUGCCGAAGAACACAUUCUGUAUUAUUUAUGGUAA